AUGGCGAUUUGGCCGUUUGGUCGCAAGAAUAAGCGCCACACCAUCCAGGUGAGCGCCGACGAGGCCAGCGUGCUCCAGCAUGCUCUGGAUGAGCACGAGCACGACCAGGAUUCACCCGCUCCCGUCGCCGAACCAACCUUGGGCCGUAAACCUUCCCGCCGGGGUUCCAAACGCCACAGCAGACGCUGGUCGCGUAGUGGUGAUGGCUCUGAUAGCCAGGGGCAGACGAGCUCAACGCAGCGACCGAUCUCCUCGAUCGAUCACCGCCGCUUGUCCGAGGUAGAACACGACCGCGCCGGACCAGAACAGACCUAUCCGCGACCGUUGUCACGGACAGGGUCGCUAUUGAAGAGACGACAGAAUCAAAAUGGACCCAACAAGCUUCGCAAAAGCAAGCGACAGACCCAUGAGAUCCUACGCGAACGCGAGAUUAAACUGUUGUCGUCGACCCCCAUCGAUAUCCCCCGCCGAUCAACUCAGCCCGUGGGCAGCGACUAUGGGCUGGAAAACCGACGACGCAGGGCAAAUGGACGCGCUGAUCGCUACAUGUCAGAUCUUAGUCUCUCGAUUCGGGACUCGGCUGCGUCCUCCAUCUCGGACGUUUCCGAUCCUUUCACCUACAAGGUCAACGCGUUUGCUGCGUUGACACCUCGUCCCGUCGUACGUUAUGUUGAAACACCGCGGUUACCCGCUGUGCGAAGCAACAAUACCUCGACAGCCGCUAGCCGACCGGAUGGUCAUAGACAGCCGACUCGGACUGCCUCUGGGGACGAUUUGUACUACUCUAAGCGACGUGUGAAUGAACUGGCGGACUCUUUGGAUGCUAGUACUCUGCGUGAAUUGCUCGAGCGAGACCGUCGUCGCCGGGAAAAGAAACAGAUCGAAGACCAAGAAAAGUUACGUCGCAAGCUGCAGGAACGUGCCGAUGCGCAAGCCGCGGAAGAGCGUCAGCAAGCGAUCGAAGAGACUCGGCAGACCCAGGAGGUUGAGCCCGAAGUCGCUCCCGCCGUCGAGGCUCCUGAUGUAGUUGAGCCUCGGGAUGUCAUUAUGGAGGAGCCCAUCACCGAGGAGCCCAUAGCCGAAGAGUCCGAAGAUGCAGCACCCGCAGAACAGUCUGGUACAUGGCUGCAGGACGAAUCCAAGGAGAGUGAGGAUGCCGGGCGCGAGUCGCUUGAAAGCGUCCACGUUAUUGGAAACAUUGAUGAUAGCUCGAUUCGUGAGCCCCAGCUGGCCGCUCGACCUAGCUUUGCUCCCUCGCAUGAGAUGGGCAUGUCUCGAACUACCCUCUCUCCAUCUCAAUCAUCCCUUCGACAUGGAAUCAGCAGCCCUAGUCACUCACAAACAUUUGGCGUUGGUUCUACCUCCGACAUCUCCGAGCGCCGACCAUCCGAUACUAGUGGUCGCCGAGGAGGCAACACCAUCACCUCUCUUUUCCGACGUGGUUCUUCCCGUAUCAAGCGACGGUAUAAGGAGCGUUUCCAAGACUCCAGUCCUGAUGUCUCCAACGCUUCGCAUGAAUCUUUCUAUCGGAUUCAAACUCAGUCUUCGCCUCCACCACCCUCUAUUGCUCCUCCUCGAGCUUUCAUUGCCACUGGUACUGUUAAACGCGCGCAUUCCAAGUUCACAGAGCACUUUGGCGACGAACCCAUGUCUCCUCCAGACUCGCGCCUCCAGUCUCCCGAUAUCCCCGAGGAAGUACCGGAGUCCUCGCUUGAGAAUGAAGAAGGCAGCACUUUCCUGCACGGCCCAACCCCUACCUUUGUGGGCGUUGAUAUCGUGAACCCGAAGAAUCGCCGCCAUCUCUCUUCCGGUGAUAGCUUCGACGCCGAAUCCGACAAUGUCCCCCUUUCUCAGUCUUUGGCAUCUAUCGAUUCAGAAGGAUCAUGGAUGUCGGGCCAAUUCUUCCGCCGGAUGUCCCAGAAGGCCCCCAGCAGUCCUGUCCGCACCAUGACCUCGUUCAGCGCCGCAAUGGACAGCCCCGUCGAGACGCACGAUGACAUGCGCGACUCCAUCGACUCUCGUAGAACUGGCAGCAAUAUCAUGGGCGAACCGGAGCUACUGGACAACGAGGAUGUUUCGGCGACUGAUGCCACCAAGACCGCGGAGACCUGGCACCACAGCGAGGUCGGCCGCCGGCCAGUCCUAGUCAACCCCGUUUCUCGCCCUAAGUCCACGGCCGGCAUGCUCAAGAACUUCCCCUCGUUGUCUCCCAUCUCUGCCGAGGAGGAUUAUAUGGAGGAGGAUGAAGACGAGCACAACGCGGUGACUAACCGACCUCAACCGCAGCGCGUGGCUAGUGUCCACGGUAUUAUCUGCAAUGCCGAGGAUGAUUGA